CUUGACUUGGUGGAGGCACAGAUUUAUCAGGCUCCUCAGUCAACAAAAGCGUCACCCCAAGAAACAUGAAAAUGAAGGGAUCUUAAAAAGAGAUGAAAAUAAAGGUUUGUAUGUUCACGUUUGCACCAAUCUCCUGUGAGAUUCAUGAAGAAAAACGAGUUGGGAACAACACUCCAUGGAGGCUAAGGAAUUAUCCCAAUUGAUCCUGGAGGGUUCUUUGUCAGUGUUCUGUGAUAACGAACACAUGGACCUCUGUUCAUUAAAUUUGGCUGAUCACUUUAGUUAACUACCAGGAACCUGGAUUCUGACUUCUAAUCGUUGACAUCUGCGUGAAAACUAACCUACAUACAUCCUUUAAUAGCAUUGAUGAAUUAAUUAGAACUCAAGAAAACAAAGAAAAAUUGAAAGCAUUCUUACUAAAAGAGAAUUCAAUGUUGAAAGCAAACUACGGUAAGGCAAGACUUGCUUUUCUGUUUACCUUCUAAAGGCUCAUGUAAUUGCCACCUUAAAAAGAAAAAAUGAAUAGCACAUGUAUUGAAGAACAGCACGACUUGGACCACUAUUUGUUUCCUAUAGUUUACAUCUUCGUGAUUACAGUCAGCAUUCCGGCCAAUAUUGGAUCUCUAUGUGUGUCUUUUCUGCAAGCAAAGAAGGAAAAUGAACUAGGAAUUUACCUCUUCAGUUUAUCACUAUCGGAUUUGCUAUAUGCAUUAACUCUUCCUCUAUGGAUUGAUUAUACUUGGAAUAAAGAUAACUGGACUUUCUCUCCUGCCUUGUGCAAAUGGAGUGCUUUCUUCAUGUACGUGAACUUUUACAGCAGUACAGCAUUCCUCACCUGUAUCGCUGUCGAUAGAUAUUUAGCCGUCGUCUACCCUUUGAAGUUUCCUUUUCUACGAACAAGAAGAUUUGCAUUCAUGGUCAGCCUAUUCAUCUGGGUACUGGAAAUCAUCUUUAAUGCUGUCAUUUUGUGGAAAGAUGAAACAACUGUUGAAUACUGUGAUGCCAAAAAGUCUAAUUUUACUUUAUGUUAUGAUAGGUACCCUUUAGAGAAAUGGCAAAUCAUCCUCAAUGUGUUUAGGACGUGUACAGGCUAUGCAAUACCUUUGGUCAUCAUACUGAUCUGCAACCAGAAAGUCUACCAAGCUGUGUGGCAUAAUCAAGCCACAGAAAACAGUGAAAAGAGGAGAAUCAUGAAACUACUUGCUAGUAUCACACUGACUUUUGUCUUAUGCUUUACACCCUUUCACGUGACGUUGCUGAUUCGCUGCAUUUUAGAGCAUGAUGUGAACUUUGAUAAUCACAAGUCUGGGAAGCAGACUUACACAAUAUACAGAAUCACGGUCGCAUUAACAAGCUUAAAUUGUGUUGCUGAUCCAAUUCUGUACUGUUUUGUAACUGAAACAGGAAGAUCUGAUAUGUGGAAUAUAUUAAAAUUCUGCAUUGGGAAGCGUAAUAAAUCACAAAGACAAAGACAACGCAUACUUUCUAUGUCUACAAAAGAUACUAUGGAAUUAGAGGUUUUGGAAUAAAAUAAAGGAUUUUCUUGUUUGUUUAAGGUACAUGGAAUUAUGUCAUCAAGAUUACAUGUUGAAAAGGAAAUCUAACAUGGAGGGGACUAAAUGUUCUGAGUGAACAUUUUAAUCCUGUUCAAUGAAAAUAUUUUUAAAGUGCAUUGUACAAGCUCCCUCCCUGACUUUUAUUAGAUAAGGCAUAUUAAAUAAAGUUUAAUAUUUUCCUAAUGA